AUGCUCAGGAGGACCGUGGUUGAUAUCAACAUGACGAACUUGGUAGUGGACCCGUUGAAUGUCUCCUUCAACGCAGGUGCUGAAGUUCAACUCGCUGCACGCUUCCUUUGCUGUGGAUGCCAGUUCUUUGAUGACGACGUCGUUGUCCGCACAGCCACGGAGGACGCGGUAGACUGCGCUCAGAACAAAUGCCCGCCAGGCAUUCAGACAUACAUCACCUUGGGCACCGCGAGCGACCCCCCUCUUUGUUGGUCUUGUUCUCCGUCUCCGGUGCUGACCUCUACACCCAGGCAGGCCAGGUGCUCGUACCAAGUCGGCAAUUUUCAGACUGCCGUAACCCUCCCUCCAUAG